AUGCGGAGAAGAAAUCAACCAGAAAUGGCAAAUCUUGGUCCUCAGUUUCCCGAACCAAAAGUCAUUGCCGCAGAUCCAUACACAGCUGCCGCAUUUGUCGAAAGAACCGGUCUUCCAUGUUCAUCCCUAUCAUUUCGUGACAUAUCCGACGGCGCAUUACCUGAAACCGUAGCUCGAGUACUUCCCUCUCAGCUUACUAAAGACGAGGAAAGUGCAAUAUCAGAAGCGGAAGGACCUAAGCUAGAGAUGGUAGUCUGUUCUUUUGCUCUCCAUCUGGUUGAAAACUCGUCAGAGCUUUUUUCCCUCUUGUGGGAGCUCAGCACGAAGACGCGUUGGCUGGUUGUGUUGGCGCCACAUAAAAAGCCUGAGAUCAAAGAAGGCUGGGGCUGGUCUAAAUGGAAUUUAGAUAGCUGGAGUGAAGGUCAAAUGGGUGAUCAUAACGGAGAACUCCUGCAUGAGAGGGUUCAUUGCCGUGUCUAUCGAAGUGUGAAUUUCUAA